AUGUUUGCAAGCUGGACUGCUUGGUUUGCGCCGAAAGUUGAUCAGCAAGCACGCGAUCUCUGGGUCUACCAUGGUGGCAAACGCAACAUUCGCCCGUCGUGUUGCGAUUUAUUCUUUAGCAACGAUAAAAACGAACCUGAAACGAGACAACUAUUGCAGCAAAAGACUGUUGUUAUAUACCACCCAAGUUGGAUAAAAGAUUGUCACAACAGAGGCCGUCCAGUGCAUUUAGGACCUUUUGUUCUGCCGGACUUUGACUUUCCUAUACGACGUCGAAUUCAAUCGACUGCUUCCUUGCCUAGUUCUCCCCAUUCACCCAUUCUAACAUCGACACACAGUUCGCCUACCCCUGCUCCUACCUACGCUCGAACUCAGACCAAUUCAACCAGAUACAGUCUGCCGAUAAAUGUGACCUUUGAGCGAUCGUCUUCACUAGGUUACGUUGAUGACUUGGAUCCUCAAUAUGGAAUACCAAGACGACGUGCACGAAAAGUCAGGUCAUCGGAUUCGCCUUUUAUUGAUUUUACCAGUAUAAACGGCAGUAAUAGUGCAAGUGUUAUCGAGAACGAAGGAGCAACUGAUGAAUUAGAUGCGAAUGCGAAUGAAUCAAAAUUGCCUGAUUACUUUUAUAGGCAGGAUGGGUGGAACAAUAGGCCGCCUCCUCCACCAACACCGCCUCGGCCGGCUAGCAGAGCCUCUCGCUCUCCCUUAAGAAAGAAGAGAAGGUUAGACACCCCGGAAGUUUUUAGGAGAUAUGAAUGUGAGAGCGAUCAAAUGAAUGAGGUCGAAAGCGUAGACGUAAUUGGAAAUUCAAUCAGGAAUGCAAUGGACAACGAACAAGAGACUAUAAGUCACAACGUGGAGAACCAUGUGGAGGAAGUAAUUAAUGAAGGACGCGAAGAUGACGUGACCGAAGACCAGAGAAAUGACCGUUCCGAAAGAGGAACGACUCCUCCACAGCCAGAAUCAUUCCAUCCGGCACCUUACCCAAAUACCCCCACCCCUUCUCGUUUUCAUACACCUCCAACACCAACACCACAACCUUCCACAAUUAGCGCCAAUCAGCUAAAACAGCGUGCAACCGUUUUGUUGAUGGCUUUAAACCCAUCGCGAACGUCCAUAUUUGAGGCAGCUGAAAUACUUCGGCCAGGGUUUGGUGGGUUUGAGAUUGAGGAAUAUGGAGGAUGA